AUGGAUGCAGAGAUUGGAUUGGAUGCCAGUGUAUACUUGCUGGCUUGGUGGACGCAUUCCUUUCAGGCAUUGCGCACUGUGCCCCUUCAUCAUAGGGGGUCAUGCACUGUCUUCUUGUGUGGGUCUCAUGUGGAAACCAUGCGAACAUUGGGGUGUGUCUCACCAUCAUGCACCCUUGCUUGGUUUACACAAGGCCGUGGCAAAGGUGUCUAUGGGAUGUUUGUAGAAAAGUGUGUGGCCAUCGCCGAUUGGUGUGUGGCCAACAGGGCCACCCUCACCAGCUUCAAUUUGGCGACAUGCCUGCUCGAAUCCGUGGUGUGA